UUUGAUCCUCCGAAUAAAUUUUUUUCCAUCGAUCCAUGUUUUUCUUGAUUCGUGAGAAAAUGAUAUUUUGAUUCUCCUCUGUUAUAUGCCCCUUGGCUCCCUUCUUCCAUCUUGUAUAGAGAGCCCUUGCUUUAAAAAUUGCUAAAACAGAUAUUUUUUGAGGACGAAUCAUUAGAAAGUAAUGGGUGGUCAAUUGAUGGAACUGGGAGAGAAAGACAGGGGACCGCCAUGGCUGUGUCCUCUUUUAAGAGCGAGUUUCUUUGUCCCCUGCAAAGUUCACAGCGACUCCAGCAAGAGCGAAUGCAACAUGUACUGCUUGAAUUGCACUGGUAGCGCGCUCUGUUCUUAUUGUCUCGCUCAUCACAAAGACCACCAUGUCGUCCAGAUUCGGCGAUCCUCAUACCACAACGUGAUCCGGGUAGCGGAAGUGUCAAAAUUUAUUGACAUUUCCUGCGUACAAUCCUACAUUAUCAACAGUGCCAAGAUCGUAUUUUUGAAUGAGAGGCCGCAGCCGAGGCCGGGAAAGGGCGUCACCAACACUUGCGAGAUUUGUUGCCGGAGCCUCCUCGACGCCUUCCGGUUCUGUUCCCUCGGAUGCAAGCUUAGCGGAAUGAAGCGAGACCCGGAGCUUACCUUCUCACAUCACCCAAAAGCCGGCGAGAAGUUCAGCCAUGGCUCGGAGUCCGACGAGUCGUCCACGCCGAAGAAGUUGCGUAAGACGGCGGCUUUCAGCUGUCGCAUCAACUUAUUUCCGCCACCGGCGGUGGCGGUGGAAGACUGGAGGUUGUGGGAUGAUGAUUGUGCUGGCCGCCGAAGCUGCUCCACUUCGCCAACCGCACUACCUAUCGUCAACUACCGGACUUCCCGGAGAAAGGGCGUUCCUCAUCGAGCUCCAUUUUAGAAAAUGAAAUGCUUCUCAUGCGUAGGAAAACAUAUUCACAAUUUAUAUUAUAGCAUAAUUUAUGGAUAUAGAAACAUUUACUAAAAAUAAGGAGAUGGUCCAGAUGGAUCAUCAUUGAAAUUUACAUUAGUGCGUGUAUAUAGUAUUUUUCUUCGAAAAAAUAAAAAAAGACCAAAGGUUGUAAUGUAUAAAGUCGUAACGAAGAUUGAUGGUGAAACUUCCAAUGUAUGUAAUAAAAAGGGAAAAAAAAAGUUAUGUUGGGAAUAAAUGAGAAAAAUAGAAGCUUUGUAUUGUAAAGCGGUAAAUCCAUAGGAAAUAGGUUGGAUGCGUACAUCCAACUGGUUGCUAAUGUUUGAAAUGUACGUGAACAUAAUGUAGCUUUUCAUUCAACAUGCAACUGGAGAUCAUCAUCCAUUUAUAUUAA